AUCAUAUGAAACGUUUAAAUUUAAUAUACCAUUUUUAAAUAUUCCAGACCACCACUUGUUUGUUGCUCACUGGAAUAAGUAUCAUAUUUAUCAAUGGACAUGGAAUAUACCAACACACACACAGUCGGGACCGGAAGUGCCAACAAUAUCGAGGGAGUCGUGAUCAAUUUGAAAUAACGAAACAAGACGACAGCGUGUAUUGUUUUCAUCAAAAUCUGUAUCAAUCCGCCUUGGAUGCAUCGCCGACUGAUGCUGUACUUCUCUACAUCCGGGAACUUGUUUGGAAAUCGCUGUCUCGGUGUAACGGGUAUGGUUCCAAUGAAUGGCGACAAUGGCUAACAAAAACAAAAGUAUGUAAUAAUGGGACGUGCAGGAUGGAGGAACGCAAGAUUGACAUUUGCAAAGAAGGGCAAGCGAGAAGUGAAAAAAAGAAAAUAAAUCACGGAAAAAAGAAAAGGACAACUAAUGGGGAAUGUUCUACAAAGAAAAAAGGACGUAAAAAUAGAAAAGAUAAAUGUAAGAGAACAAUUGAUAGCACAGUGACUGGGAAGAAAAUAGAACGCUGCAGCUGGACACGAAAAGAAGUCCGAAUGAUGACGAGACAAGAAUGGAAACAGUUUGUAAAUAGACUCAACAUUCUGAAGGAAUCAAUACCUUUACAAGGCCAGGGGUCGUUUGUGCCGUAUGAUAUUAUUUCUGAUCUGCACAGAAGUAAUGCGUCACUACACAAGGCACAUCGAGGACCGAACUUUCUUGGUUGGCACAGGAUGUAUCUUCUGUUACUGGAGGCGGCCCUUGGAGUUCCCAUACCUUACUGGGACAGUCGAUUGGACUAUGACAUGGCCGAUCCUACAGACUCGGUACUAUGGACGUCUGAGUUUUUCGGUCCUGGUUUCGGAAUAGAAGAUUCGGGUCCAUUUGCGGACUGGAAAACACCGGAUAAUGAAUCGCUUGUUAGAAACAUUGGAAACAAUGGCAGUCUUGUCUCAUCCAGCAUGGUAGACACGUUAUUACGAUAUACUCGACAUUCUCGAGCUGUGGAGCCAACCAUCAACUCAAUCGAGGAUAUCCACGAAGGGCCUCACCGUUGGGUGGACGGUCAAAUGUCGAGUCUAGAGACCGCACCUCAGGACCCAAUCUUCUUCCUACAUCACAGCUUCAUUGAUUACAUCUGGUACAUGUUCAGAGAAAACAUGCGAAAAAGAGGCGACAUAGAUCCAGCACUCGAUUAUCCAUGUAAAGGGCCAGUGACUCAUCGCCCUUAUGCAACUAUGGCUCCGUUUGGAAAUCUUCCUAAUAUAUACGGCUACAGCGACCACCUAGAGAGCCUAACACAUUACAUUCCUUCUCCCACGUGCCCUGACUGUGGUGGAAGUUCUGACCUUUAUUGUGACAAAACUCUUGGAAGGUGUAAGUCGAAAUCGGCAAGAUCACAAGGCAAUAACUUUGGUAGCGAGAAAAUAAGGAAAAUUCGAUAUCGUAUUAGCGCUAUUGGAAUUAUUCACCUUGGCAGAAAAUUCGAAUACCAUUUGAUAGAUCACCGAACUCGAGGAGAUACGUUAAACUUCUUACCAUUGCUAGAUAGAGUACUUGAUUUAUAAAACCUAUUAUCACACUAAUGGUUAGAGACCUUUAUCAGAUAAAGUAUCCCCUUCUAACCGUGGAACCUUUUAAAAUAUGAAAUAUGUUAAUUUAUAUCGAUCUCAAUAGGACGGUGCUAUCAAGUCCCCAAGGUAUGAUAUUAUCAUUACAACUGCUGGGUAACAUUCAAUAUAUACCACACGUGGUAUCAACUCUUAUAUGUUUUGAUUGGUUAAAAUGUUGACCGUGACCUUUUGCAAACAUGUGUCUAUGUUUAAUAUUAUAUGUGUCUACUUUAUGUUUAUGCCUAUAUCAAUGUUUUCAUAUAAUGUAUUUUAUGAUGGAAAGAGCGCUUAUAAGUUAAAAAAAAACUCGUGCCUAAUCCCUUGGCUCAAUCUAAUUGACAAUAAAAUAUGUUUAAAGUCAAAGUCAAGACUAUUUUUAA